AUGGCCCCCCGACUCCCCCGCGCCGUCACCUCCACGGCCACCACCUACCUACUCGUCCGUCCCUCCGUCGGCGCCGGCGCCAGCCGCCACGCCUCGCUGCGCCUCUACUCGGCCCAGACGGAACCCCUCAUCCGCGUCGCCAACGUCCCCGCCGGCGCCACCGGCCACAUCCGCGUCCUCGAGCUGAACCGCGCCUCCGCCCGCAACGCCAUCUCCAAGGGCCUCCUCGCCGCCCUGCGCGCCGAAGUCGACGCCAUUCACGCGCAGUACGGCCCCGGCGGCGAGGAGCUGUCCGUCGCAAGCACGGCUCAAGGCGGCCCGACCCGCGCGCUCGUUAUUGCCAGCGCCGUCGACUCGUGCUUUUGCGCCGGCGCUGACCUCAAGGAGCGGCGCGGCUUCACCCAAGAAGAAACCAACGAGUUUCUCACCAACCUCCGCGCCACGUUCACCUCCCUCGCCGACCUCCCCAUCCCCACCAUCUCCGCCAUCUCUUCCAUCGCCCUCGGCGGCGGCCUCGAGCUCGCACUUUCGACGCACUUUCGCGUACUCUCCUCCAACGCCACCGUCGGCCUGCCCGAGACGCGCCUCGGCAUCAUCCCCGGCGCCGGCGGCACCCACCGCCUGACGGGCCUUGUCGGCCUCAGCCGCGCCCGUGACCUCAUCUUGACCGGCCGCCGCGUCGCCGCCCCCGAAGCCUACUUUCUCGGCAUCGCCGACCGUCUCGUAGAAGUCGUUCCCGAGGACGAGCGCGAUGGCGCAGACAUCUUGCCUGCCGCCCGCAAGAGCGCUCUCAGCGAGGCCGUCCGCCUCGCGCAGGAGAUCUGUGAGGGCGGACCCAUUGCCAUCCGCGCUGCCCUGCAGGCUGUGGCCUGGGCGCGGCCCGAUAAGGAGAAUGAAAUGUACGAGCGUGUCGUGGCUACCGAGGACCGUAACGAGGCUCUGAAGGCUUUCAAGGAGAAGCGCAAGCCUGUCUUCAAGGGACGGUAG